AUGAGAUUCAAUGCAAAAGUAGCAACUGCAAAACGACUAUUGAAGGUUGUUCAAAUCAUUAUGAAGAUAAAGAAUGAUUGUAUAUUACAUAUUGCACCGGAUGCAACUAAAUUCAUUAUCACAUCAGAUGCAAACGAUACUAUGCAAGUUUGGACGGAAGCGAAAACCUAUCUAUUCUUUGAGGAGACUGUCAUUGCAAGUUUGAAUCACAAUAUGAUAGCGAUGCAGAUUCAGCUGCACCACUUGAAGCAGGUGUUGCAAUCGGCUGUCAAUGUCAAUGGCGAUACACUCGUUCGACUGAGAAAGAAAGACGGUUCCAACGUUCCGUUCCUAACGUUCACCAUUACUCAAUCAUCGAGAUCACUGUUCCUAACUCAAGAUAUCCCAGUGGUUGUUCUAUCGGCACAGAUUCUCUCGGGAUUCGUCGAGCCCGUACUGCCAACCAAUAAUCUAAACUUUUUCAUGCCUGCACUCAAGCAUGUACAGAACGUCGUAGAGAAGAUGAAGAACAUAUCGGAUCAUCUCACGAUCGAAGUGAAUACCAACUCUACACAAGCACUAUGUUUCUCAGUGGAGACCGGUACAGGAUCGAUCAAAACCUUCUACGACAUCUCCUACCCGGAACUUGGCAAUCCUAUUCCACCCGACGUCAGCGCCACCGUCAAAGUAGACAUCAAAAAGUUUUUGAAAACACUGCAAUCACAUCAAAUCGAAGCGAAUCAUGUUGUUUGUUGUGUUUAUGAAGGUUCAUCGCUUGUCUUGCAUGUCAUGCAAAGAGAUUUAACCAUUUCAUAUUAUCUACCUUUAAUCUAUUAA